AAAAAAAAGAAAGAAAGAAAGAAAAUGGAGUUAUGGAGUUAAUUCUCAGAUGCUUCCCUAGGAGAUGCUCUUGGAAGGACGGAGGUAUGAAUGGGGGCACAGGUGGAGCACCUCUUGAUCCCUGCACCCUCAUACCCACACUGCCCAAUGGCAGAAUAGAGAAACAGCACAAGGUCAUGGGCAUGCCUGGCAUAAAAGGGACGUUGUGAUCAUUACCAGUUUUGACCUUGUUCAGCAUAUUCUGCCAUCCAGGUCCUGGGGGGUCAACAGGGCUGGGCUAGCCUCCCUGGCUGUGAGGGGCAGUGCUGCUCAAGAGUUGAGACACUUUGUCUGGCUCUCAGAUCCUUCCCCUGUUUUGCUUUAUCAACUCCUCAAGGGCAAAGAUAAGCCCUAUCAUGUCCCCUACUUACUGGGUUGGCAGCUCUUGAGGGUAGCCGUGUGCUUUUGCCCCAGGCAGGCAGCUUUUCUCCUGCCAUUUCUCCAGAGCUUCCUGGGGCCAAGCCAGGCAGCUGUCCCAUCCUGUCCUGGGUCCUCAAGUUGUAGUUUUGUCUCUGGCAUGGGCCUGAGACUGGGUCGCUGAAUUGAGUGUCCAUCCCAAGCCUCCUGCCAAGGCGUGAGGGUGCUGAGUUCCAUCCACCCAGGCCGACAGACGCCAGUUGGGCUGGUGAUGGGGCUAGGCAUGGGGGGAGGCUAGCAGGCGAGCCCCGGAGAAGAUGUUAAAUGAAGAUUGUGGGAUGACUCAUGGAGAAGGAUGAGCUCUGACCAGACUGGCCCUGGAAGGCCGCCUCUGUGACCAAGUCUGGUUUGAGCUGGGACUUGCCAGAUGAGUAGGGAACUGGGGCAGGGGAGCUCCAGCCAGUCCCUUUCAUCUUCCCCUUUAUGGCUUGGGGAUCUGGCACUGGCCUCAGGAUGCCCCUAACCCUGGGGAACCCUGUCCAGAGCCUCCCCCAAAGUGCUUGUGGUGGGACAUGCCACAUAGCCCCUUCUCAUGGGGCAGGGGUCUGAAGGCAGGGCUGCCAUGGAGGGGCCUUGGGCAGGUUGGAAUCCCUCCCAUGGGGGUCGUCAGUGCCGUCUUUCCCCUCUACCUGCACCCGCACUGCCAAUGGGUCCCCUGUGCCCCCCAGCACCCGACAGACGUUGACUACAGGGUCAUGGCCACCUUCACCGAGUUCUACACCACUCUGCUGGGCUUCGUCAACUUCCGCCUCUACCAGUCGCUCAACCUGCACUACCCACCCAAGCUGGAGGGUCAGGUCCACACAGAGGCGAAGGCCAGUGAGGACACCUACGCGUUGGACUCCGAGAGCUCCAUGGAGAAACUGGCGGCGUUGGGUGCCAGUCUGGCCCGCAUGGUGGUGCCUGUGGAGGAGGAGGCUGAGGUGGAUGAGUUUCCUGCUGAUGGGGAGACGACAGCGCAGGCGGAGGGCCUCAGGAAGGAGCUGGAGGCACAGGAAAAGCACAAGAAACUUUUUGAGGGCCUGAAGUUCUUCCUCAACCGUGAGGUGCCCCGCGAGGCCCUGGCUUUCGUCAUCAGGAGCUUUGGGGGCGAUGUGUCCUGGGACCAGUCUCUGUGCAUUGGGGCCACGUAUGAUGUCACAGACUCCUGCAUCACCCACCAGAUCGUGGACCGGCCUGGGCAGCAGACACCUGUUAUCGGCAGGUACUAUGUGCAGCCCCAGUGGGUGUUCGACUGUGUGAAUGCACAGCUCCUCCUCCCCGUGGCGGACUACUUCCCCGGAGUGCAGCUGCCUCCACACCUCUCGCCCUUCGUGUCGGAGAAGGAAGGAGAUUAUGUCCCUCCCGAGAAGCUGAAGCUGUUGGCCCUGCAGCGGGGAGAGCACCCAGGAAAUAUGGGUGAAUCUGAAGAGGAGGAUGAGGAGGAAGACGAUGAUGGUGAUGGUGAUGAAGGGGGAGAAAAUGAAGAGGAGGAGGAAGAAGAUGCAGAGGCUGGUUCAGAAAAGGAAGAAGAGGCCCGGCUGACAGCCCUGGAGGAGCAGAGGAUGGAGGGGAAGAGGCCCAGAGUGAUGGAAGGCACCGUGAAGCUGGAGGACAAGCAGAGGCUGGCCCAGGAGGAGGAGAAUGAAGCCAAGCGCCUAGCCAUCAUGAUGAUGAAGAAGCGGGAGAAGUACCUUUAUAACAAGAUCAUGUUUGGCAAGAGGCGCAAAAUCCGAGAGGCCAACAAACUGGCAGAGAAGCGGAAAGCCCACGAUGAGGCUGUGAGGUCUCAGAAGAAGGCCAAGAAGGCCAGGCCAGUGUGAGUGGUGGCAGCCUCUUGAUGGGUGAGGCCCGCUCCCGGCAGCUGGACUUGGCAUAGGCAGGCCGGAGGACGCAGGCUUGGUGGCAGACCAGAGUCUCUUCUGUUUUCAUCCCCUUCCUCCCCCUGCCGGCCCUGGCUUCCUCUCACGCUCUCUGGCUGGAGCCCCAGCCUCCGUUGGAUGGAGCUCCCUGCUGGUGGCUGGGCAGAGGAGAGGCCUCUGUGUCCAGCCCAACUUGAUGCUCCCAGAAGUCAGUGACAUCGAGGGUAGGGGCCUGACCAAGCCCCUCACCGGCUGCUUCCGUUUCCCCUGGCUUUCUGCAGCGCCCCCUUCCCCCCAUGGUUGGACCUGUGAUUCUCCUGCUGCUGUGAUGGGGUGAGGGUGAGGAAGCGUUUGUUAUUAAACAGCUGGAGUUUUAGAACCA